AUAAGUCUAUACAAACAUUCAAGAUUGUUUUAAGUUGCUAAUCUCAACUACAAAUUCUUUUUAGUAUUCUGCAUUCACAAUCUUCUCUUCCCGAUGACUGAAGGCUGUGUACCAGACUUAUUUUAGCUCGUUUGGAGAACAUGUACAUGUCAAAGUCCAUCUUGGUUUUACCUAAUCACUGAGGAAAGAACAUCAGAGAGUAAACCUUUAAACAGAUUUAAUGGUCACCUGCUGGAAGUACCUUUAGUAAAUAAUUUUCUCUAAAAAGUAGUAUCUCCUGCUUCCAAAAAGACUGGGGAAACUGCUUCCACUGCUCUGUUGCAGUAGUGAGUGACAAGUCCCACUGAUGACAAAUUGGUGUGAGGUCACACAGACUUUGUGUGAGUUAAAAAAAAGGAAAUAUUUUUCUCUCUUUAAACUUAUGUCCAUAACUUAAUGUGACUUUUCUUGAAGAUAUCCUCUUCACAAUGGCCUUUGAGGAGCUCCUGAACGAAGUUGGUGGUUUGGGGAAAUUCCAGAUCCUUCAGAUGGUUCUAGCUCUUCCUUGUCUCAUGUUAACAAUUUGUCAAAUUCUGUUGGAGAAUUUCACUGCAGCCAUUCCUGCUCAUCGCUGCUGGGUCCACAUCCUUGAUAAUGACACUGUCUCUGAUAACGAUACAGGGACUCUCAGCCCUGAUGUUCUCCUGAGAAUCUCCAUCCCCCUGGACUCAAACUUGAAACCUGAGAAAUGUCAUCGCUUCCUCCACCCCCAGUGGCAGCUCCUUCACCUGAGUGGGACCUUCCCCAAUGUGACUGAUCUGGACACGGAGCCCUGUGUGGAUGGCUGGGUGUAUGACCGAAGCUCCUUCUCCUCCACAAUCGUGACUGAGUGGGACCUCGUAUGUGAUUAUCAGUCACAGAAACCAUUGGUUCAAUUUGCAUUCAUGGCUGGAAUGCUGCUGGGAGGCUUCAUAUAUGGCUGUCUCUCAGACAGGUUUGGGCGAAAGGUGAUUCUCAGGUGGUGUUUGCUCCAGCUCGCCAUCUCUGGGACCUGUGCAGCCUUUGCCCCCAACUUCCUCCUUUAUUGCUCUCUACGCUUCUGGUCAGGUUGUUCUACUGUGGUCGCCAUGUCAAAUAACUGGAUGCUCGUUAUAGAGUGGAUAAGGUCCCAGUCAAAAGCCUGGGUAAUAACACUGAUGAACUGUGCCUUUAGUAUGGGACAGAUAAUGCUGGGAGCACUGGCUUUAGUCUUUCGAGACUGGCGCACCCUGCAGCUCGUGGUGUCUCUACCUUUCUUUGUCUUCUUGUUCUUAUCAAGGUGGCUGGUGGAAUCUGCUCGGUGGCUGAUUAUCACCAAUAAACCAGAGGAGGGCUUAAAGGAACUUCAAAAAGUUGCACGCAGAAAUGGACUAAAGAAUAUUGAAGCCACCCUGAACAUGGAGGGUUUGAGAGCUACCAUGCAGGAGGAGCUGGAGGCAGCACGGACCAAAACGACUCUGCUGGACUUGUUCCGCACACCCAACCUGCGUAAAAGGAUAUGUCUCCUGUUCUUUGUGAGAUUUGCAAACGCAAUACCCUUUUACGGCAUCUUUAUCAAUCUACAGUACUUUGGGAGCAACAUUUUCCUGUUCCAGGUCAUCUUUGGAAUUCUCACUGCCUCGGUCCGAUUUGCUGCACUUUUAUUUCUGAGUCAUAUGGACCGUCGACCAACCGUGAUGUUAUUCAUGUGCUUACUGGGACUUUCUAUUUUGGCCAACAUGUUUGUGCCCCAAGAAAUGCAGACCCUGCGUGUGACCUUGGCAAGUUUGGGAAUCAGCUUUGCUGCUGUUGUCAACUGUUAUAGUGUCCAUUAUACCGAACUCAUCCCCACUUUAGUCAGGGCAACAGCUUCGGGAUUAGAAAAUUUGGCUGCCAGAGGUGGGGCAACAUUGGCUCCCCUCUUGAUGACCGUAGCGGUGUAUCUACCCACCUUGCCCUGGAUCAUCUAUGCAGUAAGUCCCAUCCUUGGUGGUCUUGUCAUCUUCUUCCUACCUGAAACCAGAAAUUUGCCUCUGCCGGACACCAUCCAGGAUGUGGAAAAUGACAACAAAUUCUCAAGAAAAGCAAAUGAAAAAGAUUACUGCAUAAAAGUGACAAAAUUUUAAGGAGAUUUUAUGAGCUUACAAGUGAGGAAAAGAAAAAUAUGAAGAGAACAACUGGAGAUUUCUUUGUAUCUACAAACUAGCAAGAAAAUAUAACGGAAAGAUGAAUCGCAUUUAUAAUUAUACCAUUAAUUUGUACAUGGGAACAUGUAAUUCCUUUACAGUUCAAUAUUUUGGGGAAGAAGUUGAACAAAUCAAAUUAUGAAUAAAUUAUUAAUAGAUAAGAUUAUUCAGAAAAAAAGGAAUACCUUUCAAUUAAGAUGUGGCUGACAGAUAUAUGCAGCAGCAUAUAGUGAACUAUAAAUAAAUCUACAAAAACCAGAACAGUAUAGCAUAUGCAACUGGAAAUGAAAAGAAGUGCAGAAACAGAUAUCAAAGCAUAUACACUUCAUACAUGAUUCUUUCACACCAUAAAUCGCUGGCAAAUAGAAAGACCUAUGAUCUUGGGAAAUAUAUUCAUUGAAAUAAUGAUUAUGACAUUUGAACAAUGAAAUUUUAAAUGAUUAUUGCUUUCUUUUCGCAGUUUUCUCUUUAUAUUUUCAAAAAUAGCAUAUACAAUUUAAAAUGCUAUAAAGUAUCAAAAUUAAAGCACAAGUAACAGGGUAAGGAAUUUCAAAAUAUAUAUAUAUUUAAUAAAAUCACUACAAAUUAA